AUGGAUCCUCAUGAACUACCUCGGGCCGCAGAAGAAAUCCGACAGGAAAUAAAGGGAAUGAUACCCGAAACAGCUAUUUUGGAAGAUCAACACAGCGAAAUUCAAGCGAUGAUUCUCGAGGAGGACGAAAAUGGGACUAAGGCUUACGGGGGAGAUCCACUUGCGGCAAAGAUUUCGCGUUUGACGGGCAAGAUGGGCAUCGGCAUUGGUUGGAGAUUUCGUCUUGUUUACUGGUCGGAGCCUACCAAACUUCUUAAUGACCGAAAGCAAGGAUAUCUCAUACCAUUAAAAGAAAUCACUUUAACGCCUGGAGGAACGUUGAAAGAACGUUAUUACGUUGAAGUCACUAAUGAGCCACUUCUUAGCUCGGGGGCAGCAGCUAUUUUCAUAGUUCCAGCGUGA